AUGUCACGCCGCUCCUAUGCUGAUGACACGAAGAGUUCAGAAUUAGAUCCUGAGGACUCUUUCAAUGAUUCUGUCCAUCUGCAUGACUCGUGGUUCUACGGACCCCCCAAAAAAAGGCAGGUGCUGCAUCCUGAAGGACAAGAGAACGUGAGCCCAUCUUCGGUUAGAAGCAGAAGAGCCUCGUUAGUGGAAAAGAGUCUCGGAGAAUUGGAGACUUUCCCCAAACAGCGUUUGGCUCUUGCAAAGCUCGAGGAGCAGUCCAAAGUGUUCAAGAACACUCGUGUUUUCAGUUUCGAGAUACCAGGACAUUCAGAGGGCGAGCGACGUUAUGUGGUCAGUACAUUGGAGCGCUUCUGGUCGUGGUACAGUUCACUACACGAACGUCACCUAUACGAACUCAUUGCCGAGUCAACACCUUGUCGUCUUUACUUUGAUCUCGAGUAUUCCAAAGAAACUAAUCGCGAUAUUGAUCAUGAGGUAUGA